GCUACCAUCAUCAGUCUUUUAAACAAAAGUUCAAGAAGGUUUCACAGCAACUUUACUGUAGACUACUUCCCCGACCGCUGACAUGUCUGCAAUGAAUAGCUGGUGGAUUCCAUGCAUUGUUUUACUUCAUUCCGCUUAUUUGGGAUCUUGUGAUUCAGACUCUGGAAUAGAUGGAGCCCAGCCUGAGCUCUUCAUUUUCCACCAGUCGUGCGCCCUGAAGAAGGACGAAGGGCCCUGCAAGGCAUUAAAGGAGCGUUUCUACUUCGACAUUGACACGGGCCGCUGUGAGGCCUUCGAGUUCGGCGGCUGCAGAGGCAACGCCAACAAUUUUGAGACCUUGGAGGCGUGUGAGGAAAUGUGCCUGGUGUCUGUUGACAAGAGUCCCUGUCACCUGGAGGAGGCUCCGGGGCCAUGUCGAGGUCUGGUAACUCGCUACUUAUUUGACAACCAGAGCAAGGAGUGCAAGCACUUCUACUAUGGAGGCUGCUUCGGCAAUGCCAACAACUUCAAGAGUAUGAAAGAGUGCCAGGCUAGAUGCCAGAACCCAGAAAACCCCACUGUGGCCCUUAAAUUGGAUGUGGCCCCUAAAUUGGAGGUCACCGUCCCAGAACCCCAUAGCCAGCCUAGUGUGCAGUCUCUCAAAGUAACUGACUUCAAUCCUCCGGACUUGUGUCUCAGUCCCAUUGACAAGGGCACAACAUGUGAUGGAGAGGAGAGAACUGAGAGGAGAUACGUGUACAACCCCAAGACAAAGAGAUGUCAGUCAUUGCGCUACAAUGGCUGCGGGGGCAACAAGAACAACUUUGUCCACAAGAGACACUGCAUGAAGAUGUGUAUGAAGCCAGAUCACCAUCACAAAGGGAAGGUCAUUCGUAUAAAGAAGAAGAACAGCAACAUCUUGUUUCGAUCUGUCUAAAUCAAGGCUUCAUAUUAAACCCUUCCUACUUCCUAUUAAACCCUUCCUACUUCCUAUUAAACCCUUCCUACUUCCUAUUAAACCCUUCCUACUUCCUAUUAAUAUUAAACUCUUCCUACUUCUCAUUAAACCCUUCCAACUUCCUAUUAAACUCUUCCUACUUCCUAUUAAACCCUUCCUACUUCCUAUUAAUAUUAAACUCUUCCUACUUCUCAUUAAACCCUUCCUACUUCCUAUUAAACCCUUCCUACUUCCUAUUAAUAUUAAACUCUUCCUACUUCUCAUUAAACCCUUCCUACUUCCUAUUAAGCCCUUCCUACUUCCUAUUAAUAUUAAACUCUUCCUACUUCUCAUUAAACCCUUCCUACUUCCUAUUAAACCUUUCCUACUUCCUAUUAAACUCUUCCUACUUCCUAUUAAUAUUAAACCGUUCCUACUUCCUAUUAAACCCUUCCUACAUACACUACUUUUGAAUGAGUCUUUAUUUAUAUCAUUCUUAUUUGACUUUGGUAUGUCCUUGUAGUCUUGCAGCAAUUGUAUCAAAGGCUUGUUUUGGCCUAUUGUGUAAUGUUGUAUUGCUCAUUGUAACCUUUUAACACUUUGUAAGAAGAUGUUUUUAGUAAUAUCACAAUUGUAUACAUUUUUUUUACUGUGACAUACCAAAUACCAGUCUAUAAUUGUAUUUUUCUUUCUUCCUGAGGACACCAGACAAGUUGUUUUAUUGACAAAUGAUGAACAUUAAUUAUCCCAAAAUCACUGUACAUGUAAUAUCAUACAAUAAAGCACAUUACCUGUAUCAAA